GCGGCUCUUAGGGCCGGACCCGCGCUGACCCUGCGGACACCCGCCGCCGCCGCCGCCGCCGAGCCCAGCACUGCCCACCAGCUGCCACCAUGAACCCGGACCUGCGCAGGGAGCGGGCCUCCGCCACCUUCAACCCGGAGCUGAUCACUAACCUGCUGGACGGCAGCGCGGAGAAUACCCGGCGCCGUCGGGAUAUCGCGACUGCGCGCUUGAUCCUGAACGACCCCGACUUCCAGCACGAGGACUUCAACUUCCUCACGCGCAGCCAGCGCUACGAGGUGGCCGUCAGGAAAAGCGCCACCAUGGUGAGGAAGAUGAGGGAGUUCGGCAUCGCGGACCCCGAGGAGAUCAUGUGGUUUAAGAACUUUGUGCACCGAGGGCGGCCUGAGCCUCUGGAUCUGCACUUGGGCAUGUUCCUGCCCACCUUGCUCCACCAGGCCACCGCAGAGCAGCAGGAGCGCUUCUUCAUGCCCGCCUGGAACCUGGAGAUCACUGGCACUUAUGCCCAGACAGAGAUGGGUCAUGGAACUCAUCUUCGAGGCCUGGAAACCACAGCCACAUAUGACCCUCAAACCCAAGAGUUCAUUAUGAAUAGUCCUACUGUCACCUCCAUUAAGUGGUGGCCUGGUGGGCUUGGAAAGACUUCAAAUCACGCGAUAGUCCUUGCACAGCUCAUCACGAAGGGGAAGUGUUACGGAUUGCAUGCCUUCAUCGUACCUAUUCGUGAGAUUGGGACCCACAAGCCUUUGCCAGGCAUCACCGUCGGAGACAUCGGCCCCAAAUUCGGUUAUGAAGAGAUGGAUAAUGGCUACCUGAAGAUGGACAAUUAUCGUAUUCCCAGAGAGAACAUGCUGAUGAAGUAUGCCCAGGUGAAGCCAGAUGGCACGUACGUGAAACCCCUGAGUAACAAGCUGACCUACGGGACCAUGGUGUUUGUCAGGUCCUUCCUCGUGGGAGAAGCUGCCCGGUCUCUGUCCAAGGCCUGCACCAUUGCUAUCCGAUACAGUGCUGUGAGGCACCAGUCUGAGAUCAAGCCAGGUGAACCAGAGCCGCAGAUUUUGGAUUUUCAAACCCAGCAGUAUAAACUCUUUCCGCUCCUGGCCACAGCCUAUGCCUUCCAGUUCGUAGGCGCCUACAUGAAGGAGACCUAUCAUCGGAUCAAUGAAGGCAUUGGCCAAGGGGACCUGAGUGAGCUGCCGGAGCUUCACGCCCUCACCGCCGGGCUGAAGGCGUUUACCACCUGGGUAACAAACGCAGCCAUCGAGGAGUGUCGGAUGGCGUGCGGUGGACACGGCUACUCCCACAGCAGCGGCCUCCCGAACAUCUACGUCACCUUCACUCCCUCCUGCACCUUCGAGGGAGAGAACACGGUCAUGAUGCUGCAGACGGCCAGGUUCCUGAUGAAAAGUUAUGACCAGGUGCACUCAGGAAAGUUGGUGGGUGGCAUGGUGUCCUACCUGAAUGACCUGCCUAGCCAGCGCAUCCAGCCACAGCAGGUAGCAGCGUGGCCCACCACGGUGGACAUCAACAGUCCUGACAGCCUCACUGAUGCGUACAAACACCGGGCAGCCAGAUUAGUAGAAAUUGCUGCAAAAAACCUUCAGACUGAAGUGAGUCACAGAAAAAGCAAGGAGGUAGCCUGGAACCUGACCUCUGUGGACCUUGUUCGAGCAAGUGAGGCACAUUGCCACUAUGUGGUAGUUAAGCUCUUUUCAGAAAAACUCCUCAAAAUUCAAGAUAAAUCCAUCCAGCCUGUCUUAAAGAAUCUGUGUCUCUUGUAUUCUCUGUAUGGAAUCAGUCAGAAGGCGGGAGAUUUCCUUCAGGGGAAGAUCAUGACCGAGUCUCAGAUCACCCAGGUCAACCAGCGUGUAAAGGAGUUGCUCACUCUGAUUCGCCCCAAUGCCGUUGCGUUGGUUGAUGCAUUUGAUUUUCAGGAUGUGACCCUUGGCUCUGUACUUGGCCGCUAUGAUGGGAAUGUGUAUGAGAACUUGUUUGAGUGGGCCAAGAAAUCCCCACUGAACAAGGCAGAGGUCCACGAAUCUUACUACAAACACUUGAAACCACUGCAGUCCAAGCUGUGAUGUUGCAAGGACAAGUCUGAUCCGCACAGAGCAGCUGUGUGCAGCUCCUGUCACGCUUCGUACGUGGAUCUGGGUGGAAUCCUUAUCAAAUUGAAAUAAUCACAGAGCAAGGGCUAAAUUGACCCCAUUCCUCUUUCUAUAAAUGAAGGAAAAAAUGAACAGAUUUCAAAGAUUAAGUGAAAAAAAUAGAUGUAUUUUAAGUGCAAUUAACACUGAAUGAGAUUCAGAAAAAGUUUAUGACUUCAUUUGUAACGCUGCUGAUCCCAUAGGCCAGGGCUUUUGGUAAUUAGCAGAAUUUAACUACUAAGUAGUUAAUUAUUUUCACAUUUUAAUUGCUAAUCACUGGCUGUGUAGGUGUUUUUAAGCAAAUUUUUUUUUCAUGGGUGCAGAACCCCACCGAGUUCCCUGCUCGUGGUCCUGCACGCCUCCCGAGGUUCAGGACUGAAGGAAGGCCUGGGGGAGAGAAACGAAUCCAGAAACCUGCAGGAACGGGUUCGUGCCUGCCCAUUUUCUGCCUGUCUGCCUGCCUUUGCCAGUGCGUGGCUCCUGUCUGACCCCUCACAAUGGCGUUUUUCCAGCUGGGGACUUCUGUGUUUUUACCCCAGAUCUACAGGACCCUUCACUCCUGUAGUCAGGAAUUUCCCUUCCAUUCAAAGGAUCCCUGAAUUGCUGUAGCAGCACUCACCUCCCCUUGUCCCCUGCUCCUUGGGAAGAAGCUGGUAAGAAAGCUAACCUCUGCACCGACUUGGGCCAGGUGCUGCGGCCUCACUCCUGGUGUUUGAUCUCCCUCACUUCUGAAAGAGACACUGAAAAGAGAAGAAAAAAACCACAGUCCCUGCCCCUUCUAAGGGAGAGCCCCUGGCCAUGGCGCUGCUGUAACUUUGGUGACCAUAUUGGAUUUGGGGGUGAUGCAGAUUUCAAAAUUCUGCCCUCUCGGCAUAAGCCAUUAAAAUCUUGAAGGUGACAGACUGUUGGGCACUAAAAAUACAAACGUCACUUGGUCACACUUCCACCCAGAAGUAACAGAAAAAUCUUUUGACAUAAGCUGUGUGUUCUGAUGGUUGGUUCAGAGAACAAUCAUUGAAACUGGCUUGCAGAUAAACGGAAGUUCCCUAGA